CUUCGAAGCUCUCCAUCAGAACGCGAGACGCGCGCGAGACGUUCCUCGUUCGUUGCGAGUGAAGAAGCAGCCGUUAAAAGAGCCGUUAAACAGCCGGAGAGGACGAACUUCAGCACAGCGACAGAGACACUGACUGAACAUGACCUUAAAGCUGGAAGGGUGACAUUUCUGCACAGAUAUACUCGCACAUAAUACAAAUAUAAGUCGUCUAAACGGCGUCUCUACACUGAGGAGGAUUUUUUACACGCUGUUUGAAGGAGGCGGCGGCGCGCGGCUCCGCUGAGGUGAUUUUUUAACGAGACAUUUCGGAUUGAAGCUUCUGUUUUUUUUAGGCAGCUUUGCUUUUUUUACCUCGCCGUGUCCCCAAGUUUGGGCUUCGCCGAAAGCGACCGUGUGAAACCGUCUCCGCGGCGGAUUUGCCUCGACUUUUCGUCCGUAUCGAUGGGGAAAAGUGAAAAGACUGCGAAAAGAAGGCACCGAGGGGGAACUGGAUUCUUACUGCAGAUGAGCACCGCGUCCGUUCUUGUGCUCGCCGUCUUCGUCCACAUCGGUGGAGCUCAAGUGGACGAUGACUACUUGGGAUUGGGCGAGCUUCCGGAGACCUUCCCAUCUGACCCCCCAGAACCCCUCCCCCAUUUCCUGACGGAGCCAGAGGAAGCCUACAUAGUCAAGAACAAACCUGUCAAUCUCUACUGCAAGGCCACCCCCGCAACACAGAUCUAUUUCAAGUGUAACAGCGAGUGGGUUCAUCAAAAGGAGCACACGGUGGAGGAACGUGUGGAUGAAACCUCUGGGCUGGUGGUGAGAGAGGCCAGCAUUGAGAUAACUCGGCAGCAGGUGGAGGAGCUCUUUGGCCUAGAGGACUUCUGGUGCCAAUGUGUAGCCUGGAGCUCGGCCGGCACCACAAAGAGCCGCAAGGCCCACGUCCGCAUCGCCUAUCUCAGGAAAACGUUUGAUCAGGAGCCUUUAGGGAAGGAGGUGUCUCUUGAACAGGAAGUUCUUCUUCAGUGCCGUCCACCUGAAGGCAUACCUGCUGCAGAGGUGGAGUGGCUUAAGAACGAAGAGGUCAUCGACCCUGCGGACGACCGUAACUUCUAUAUCACCAUCGACCACAACCUGAUCAUCAAACAGGCUCGUCUGUCCGACACCGCCAACUAUACCUGUGUAGCCAAGAACAUCGUGGCUAAGAGGAGAAGUACCACAGCCACUGUUAUAGUCUAUGUGAACGGAGGCUGGUCGACGUGGACCGAAUGGUCGGCGUGCAACAGCCGCUGUGGGAGAGGCUUCCAGAAGAGGACGCGCAGCUGUACGAACCCAGCACCACUCAACGGGGGAGCCAUAUGUGAAGGCCAGGCCAUCCAGAAACUGGCUUGCAACCCAUUAUGUCCAGUGGACGGCUUGUGGACGGAAUGGAGCAAGUGGUCAACAUGCGGAACAGAAUGCACCCACUGGAGGAGAAGAGAGUGCAGCGCGCCGGCACCCAAAAAUGGAGGGAAAGACUGCGAGGGCAUGGUGCUCCAGUCCAAGAAUUGUACCGAUGGCCUUUGCAUGCAGAGUUCCCUAUUUCAGAAGUCCUCUGAACCAAAAGGCAAGAGUGAUGAGUUUGGAUAUUCAUCUGCCCCAAGCACGGAUGAUGUGGCUUUGUACGUGGGCAUCGUCAUUGCUGUAAUCAUGUGCUUAGUCAUCUCCGUCAUCGUGGCCCUCUUCGUCUACCGCAAGAAUCACCGCGACUUCGACUCCGACAUCAUCGAUUCCUCAGCCCUCAACGGCGGUUUCCAGCCAGUCAGCAUCAAGACGGCUCGGACAGCUGAUCUUCUGGCUGCACCUCCUGACCUGACCUCAGCUGCAGCCAUGUACCGUGGGCCUGUCUAUGCUCUCCAUGACGUGGCCGACAAAAUCCCCAUGACCAACUCGCCGUUGCUGGACCCGCUGCCCAACCUGAAAAUCAAAGUGUACAACUCUUCAGGCUUGGUCACUCCACAAGAAGACCUUUCGGACUUCUCCUCCAAACUCUCCCCCAAGCUCCCACACUCACUGAUUGACAGUGACACCAUGGGCCAGCGCACCCAGAGCCUGAUGCGCAGUCGGGACCCCUCCUGCACUGCCUUCGGGUCCUUUAACUCCCUCGGGGGGCACCUCAUCGUUCCCAACUCAGGCGUGAGCUUGUUGGUGCCAGCAGGUGCUAUCCCUCAGGGACGAGUGUAUGAGAUGUAUGUGACGGUGCACAGGAAGGAGACCAUGAGGCCUUCAGUGGACGACACCCAGACUGUUCUAAGCCCGGUGGUGAGCUGUGGUCCUCCAGGAGCCCUGCUGACCCGCCCGGUCAUCAUCACCAUGCACCACUGUGCCGAGGCUGACAGCGAGGACUGGCUCAUUCAGCUGAAGAACCAAUCACAGCAGGGCCAGUGGGAGGACGUGGUGGUGGUGGGAGAGGAAAACUUCACCACUCCCUGCUACAUUCAGAUGGAUGAGGAGGCAUGUCACAUUUUGACGGAGACUCUGGGCACAUACUGCUUGGUGGGUCAGUCAGUGAGCGCUGCCACCACAAAGAGACUUAAACUGGCCGUGUUCGGCCCUGUCACCUGCACUGCCCUGGAGUACAACAUCCGGGUGUACUGCCUGGACGACACCCAGGAUGCCCUGAAAGAGGUGCUGCAGAUGGAGAAACAGAUGGGCGGAAAGCUCCUGGACGAACCAAAGACCCUGAACUUCAAGGACAGCACCCACAACCUGCGGCUAUCCCUGCACGACGUACCCCACACCCUGUGGAAGAGCAAACUCCUAGCCAAGUACCAGGAGCUGCCAUUCCAGCACGUGUGGAGUGGCUCUCAGAGGAACCUGCACUGCACCUUUACUCUGGAGCGCUUCAGUGCCAGUACAGUGGAGUUGGCCUGCAAGCUGUGUGUGCGCCAGGUGGAGGGCGAGGGUCAGAUUUUCCAGCUCAACACCACCCUGUCCGAGGAUUCUCAGUGCAUUGACACCUCUCUGCUGGACCCAGCCAGCAACAUCACCACCUUGGUGGGGCCCAACGCCUUCCGCAUCCCUCUGUCCAUCCGACAGAAGCUGUGCAGCAGUCUGGACGCCCCUCAGACUCGAGGAAACGACUGGAGGAUGCUGGCGCACAAACUCAACCUGGACAGGUAUCUGAACUACUUUGCCACUAAGUCCAGUCCGACCGGUGUGAUUUUGGACCUGUGGGAGGCGCAGCACUUCCCUGACGGUAACCUGAACCGACUGGCUGCUGUACUGGAGGAAAUGGGUCGCCAUGAGAACAUCGUGCCCAUGGCAACCGAGCACUGACACCUAUCCAUCGAGGCGAGAGCAAGACGUCCCUUGGAAGCGCGACGGAUGAUUCACUGAGAGAAGAGCGUCGGCCUGGAACAUCAGCUGCAGAUUGCAGCGGUGCAGUGGGCCGCAGCAGGCACUGUGACACAGCGGCUAUCCCACCAAGCUCUUCCACGGGCAGCCCAUGACAGGAAGUGACCAGCUACUCACAGACAAACGGUUUCUUUCCCAUUUCAACAUAUAAAACGAAUCAACUCGAAUGGCCAAAAUAUAGAGGAAUGGAUAAAAGGAGAAAAUUAAGGACAUCGUACUUUAAGCCCUGUCUGUACGAUUCCUAGUACAGUCUUUAUUUUCUUUCCUUUUUUGUUUCUUUUCUUUCUUUCUUUCUUUUUAUUUGUCAAAUCAGUUUCUUAGGAAACGCGUGACUUCUGCUGUCCAGAUAUUGGACCUACUCCACUUUUUUCUGACGUUAGGAUAAUCAGUUCUAGGCAGGAGAGUAGGCAGAGCCCCAGAGAGGAAUAAUCAAACACCCCAUCACAUCCAAACCCACGAGCGCCAUCAACCCGUGUCAGUCCUUACGCUUUCCCCUUCAAAUUGAUCUGAUGUUGAUAAAGUUCCUUUUAAGAUGAAAUAUUUAAUGAUUCCAUUAUUUAUACUCAUUUAUUAUUAUUCCCAUUAUGUAUCUCUUUUUUUCUCCUACCAUUUUUCUACUUUUUUAACCCUUCAUGUGUCUCCUGUCUAAUUUUGAUUUUUUACAGUGCCACCUAGUGGACAUUCUGUCCAACUACACAUUUUGCAAAAUAUGCAGCCUGUAAAUAUGCGUUCAAAGACAUUGUAACUGUAAAGCUUAACAGUGUUAUUGUUAUAUGAUUUCUGUUAUUGUUUUCUUAUUAAUUGCAUUCGGUUGCAUUGUGAUCUGUAUUUAAUCACAAAAUUUAGAGACGAAAAAAAAAUAGGAACCAAAUAUUUUUUAGCAAGGUCGUGCUGUCAGGAGUUUUUGUAAACGUUUCUCCACCGUUUCGGGCUGUGUUCUGUAUUUCUGGCUCUCGCAGUCAGCUGUUGAACCUGUCAUUUUAUGGACGUAUGUGGCUGGUGACGACUUCAGGAAAUCAUGCAGUGGACAGAGAAACUCGCGCCCAUCGCCUCAUCCCACGGGGUUUGGUUUUGACCCAGUUCCAGAGGAACCGUCCAGCCGUGUGCUUUGCUCUUUUUGAUACUGCAGCACCUGUAGACCAUCGGCGACGCUGACCUGUGUGCAUCUAAUCUAGAGCUUUGUCUCAUGGCAGUGGUGACUCUGCACUGCUUAUUUGAGGCCUGUGCAUUUCUAUGAUCUUAAAAGAUGAGAGCCAUAUAAAAGGUGUGGAGAAGACAUUUAUACUUGCAGAUGUUGGGAUGCAGGAUGAGGGAAAAUCAGUUGUGAAGCAGAGCAGAUUAGUGGACCGUUCAAGACAGAGCUGCUGUACAUUAAAGAGCUGUUUCAUGAGAAAGCAGAUGGAUGCAUGUAUGAUAGUUCUGCAGGAUCCCUCUACAAAGCAACCGUCCCAUCUCAGUGUAUUUUGCAGUUAUCAGCACUGUCUCAGUUUUUUGUGUUUUUUUGGCCACAUUUCAUUUUUCUCUUGUACAAGUUGUCCAAAUUUCUAAAGCUGUCUAUGCAACUUCUGCAUCCUUUAUAAACAAAUUGUACAUUGCAUAAAAAAGCGCUAGCAGUUGCAUUCCAUAGUUCCCAUAGCUAUGAAUAUUAUAUUUAUAGUGAGGAUGUUACCUAUUCUUUUAUGGCACGUUCAUGAUGUAAUUUGCAAAAGCUUGCAUCUCCUCUGUGAAGUUUCUGUACAAAAUGUAAGAAAGAAUUUUUAAACAAGAAAUAAAUUAUAUUUAUAUGCAACACUGAA